AUGGCACCAACAAGGAAACAGGCAAAUGCACCAGGACUCUCCACGCAUGAAUCUUUGUUUCAGAAUCUGCAGCAUCUGGCCCAAGUUGCUCAGACAUUGAGCAACACAAUCCUCCAACCACCACCACCAAAUAGAAACUCGGAAGUCAACCACCAAGUCUCAAAACAUCGGCCGCCUACCUUCUCAGGGGAAGAAGACCCCACAAUUCUCGAAGAAUGGAUCAGAACUUUUGACACAAUAUUCGAAACAGUAGAGUGCCCGGAAGGUCACCGAGUAGAAACAGCCUCCUUCUACUUCAGACACGAAGCUGACCUUUGGUGGGUCCACGAGAAGCCUAGUUGCGAGCAAAGACCAGGAUUCAACUGGGGGGCCCUAAAAGCACGAUUACGGGAACGGUUCUACCUCAGUCACAUAAAAGCAGCCAUAUACGAAGAGUUCCUCCACCUAAAACAAGGAGCAACCCCAAUCACAAAAUACUACCAACAGUUCCUCAAGCUAGUACCUACAGAGUCAACCAAAAUCGAGAAAUUUAUGACGGGCCUCAACGUCGAAAGCCAGAAGGCCGUAACCCUACGCAAACCAAGAACUCUCGAAGAAGCCUAUGCCAAGGCAUCCCAGCUACAACAAAUACCGAGUAGCCCACAGGAAACACACCUGGGACACAAAAGAUAA